UCCCGCGGCGUGAUACUGGCGCUCAGCGGAGGGUGAGACGGCUCCGCGACUCACUGACGCCAGGUCGGGCAGAGAGAGCACACCGGGGGAGACCGAGCGAGAGAAACAGGGAGCUGCAGUCAAAGAAAAGGUUGGAACUGUGUAUGUGUUGGUGCUCAUGAGGAACGGUGACCCCAGUGGGCUGAAGACGCCUCUCAGGGAGGGUCCAGAGAGCAUCAUUACUGCCUCCUCAUCCUACACAGCCCAGGCCUAAAUUGAUUAACAGACACUGGAACGGUGCAAAAUGAUCCAUGGCGCUAGUGUAGUGGCUAACAGCUCGCACAAGGCUUCAUGUGAAACCUGCAGACUAAAUGAGUGAGAGUGGAUGAAGAAAGACACACCAACAAGUUUCACUUGGGUGCUGUUAGCUGCACUGAAAAUAGCCACAAUAGAAGCAAACCAAAAUGACGGUUACCAAGAGACAACACUAGCAUCAAAGCAACUAAGUACCUACAUCAGUCUUCUGGACUUAUUUUGGUUCUAAACCAGGGGAUCCAUGGCAGGAACAGUGUAUCCAGCAGCAGCAACUGUACAGACAAAAGAGGAUUUAGGAUCACAGCUCCCAGUGAGUCCAGUGCAAACACCAGUGAAGUUUUACAGCAUAAAAGACUGGACUGAGACUGCUCACUGUUCCUGCUGGACACAAAGGAGAGGGGAGGAGGACGGCUUGGCCAUCAUGAACGUCACCUCGCUCUUCUCUUUCACCAGCCCAGCAGUCAAACGGUUACUGGGUUGGAAACAGGGGGACGAGGAAGAGAAAUGGGCAGAAAAAGCAGUGGAUGCUCUGGUAAAGAAACUGAAAAAGAAGAAGGGAGCCAUGGAGGAGUUGGAGAGAGCUCUCAGCUGCCCAGGUCAACCCAGUAACUGUGUGACAAUCCCCCGCUCCCUGGAUGGACGGCUGCAGGUGUCCCACAGGAAAGGUCUGCCUCAUGUCAUCUAUUGCCGUGUGUGGCGCUGGCCUGAUCUGCAGUCCCACCAUGAGCUGAAGGCCCUGGAGUGCUGCGAGUACCCCUUUGGCUCCAAACAGAAGGAUGUGUGUAUCAACCCCUACCACUACAAACGUGUGGACAGUCCAGUGCUGCCGCCUGUGUUGGUACCAAGGAACAGCGAGUUUAAUGCCAAACAUACCAUGCUGCCUCGCUUCCGCAGUCCUUUACAACAGAACGAGCCACACAUGCCCCAGAAUGCCACUUUCCCAGAGUCCUUUGCUCAGGCCAACACGAUGCCUUUUCCACAUUCACCGGGAAACAGCUACCCGAAUUCGCCAGGAAGCGGCAGCAGCGCCACCUUCCCUCAUUCACCAUCCAGCUCUGAUCCUGGCAGUCCAUUCCAGAUGCCAGAGACCCCCCCUCCUGCCUACAUGCCCUCAGAGGAGCAGAUGACUCAGGAUUGCCCUCAGCCAAUGGAUACCAACCUCAUGGCUCCACCCUUGCCUCUAGAGAGUCAUAACCGACCUGAUGUGCAGCCCGUGGCCUAUGAGGAACCCAAGCACUGGUGCUCCAUUGUUUACUACGAGCUUAACAAUCGCGUGGGAGAGGCGUUCCAGGCUUCCUCGACCAGUGUGCUCGUUGAUGGCUUUACAGAUCCCUCCAACAACCGCAACCGAUUCUGUCUUGGCCUGCUCUCCAACGUCAACCGCAACUCCACCAUUGAGAACACCCGGCGGCACAUUGGCAAAGGUGUCCAUCUGUAUUAUGUCGGAGGGGAGGUGUACGCAGAAUGUCUGAGUGACAGCAGUAUCUUCGUCCAGAGUCGUAACUGUAACUACCACCACGGCUUCCACCCCACAACUGUGUGUAAGAUUCCCAGUCGCUGCAGCCUGAAGAUUUUCAACAACCAGGAGUUUGCUGAGCUGCUGGCCCAGUCUGUGAACCAUGGCUUUGAGGCUGUUUAUGAGCUCACCAAGAUGUGUACCAUCCGCAUGAGCUUUGUUAAGGGCUGGGGAGCAGAGUACCACCGCCAGGAUGUGACCAGCACACCCUGCUGGAUUGAGAUUCAUCUGCAUGGUCCCCUGCAGUGGUUGGAUAAGGUGCUAACCCAGAUGGGCUCCCCCCACAACCCUAUAUCCUCCGUCUCCUAGGCAUCGCUGCCCUCAGCCCUGCAGCUGUCCAUACCCUGGCAUUUCAAGUAGCAAGGGGCUAACUGGUACCAGGCUGGUUUGUGGUUCAGUCAGUAACUGAUAGAGGUUUUGACUAAAGCACAAGUUGAUCUGGGACCUGUAGGGUUGGGCAGGUUGUUCUCUACUUGAAGGGCAUCUGAUUUGGGCACAUUUACAGAUUGGGAGAGGAGCAAGGAAAAUGAGCGUGAUGCAGCUGGAAGAUACUUGAUCUUUGUGACCAACAGUAAUAAUUAGACCAUCACACUCAUCACAACACAAGUAUCCUCCUUGAUCUUGCUCCCACGAUGUCUCUUUUUCAUUGUUCUAUUAUCGUGACUCAUAACUAGUUUGCAUUUAAAUAUUCCCUCAGAAAUCCAGCUACUCUGUGUGUGUAGUUACAAUAAUCAUGGGACAUUCCAUGUCACCAAAAUUGCAGUCGCUGGUGUUUUCUGUCUGACUGCGAUGAGGUUGGCAUGAAAUGUACUUAAGACAUACAAAGUUAGCAGAAACUUGGAGGAUGACCAUCUUGACUGAAAAAUGUGUAAUGAUCUCCAGAUAAACAACUAUGCCAUUUCCUAAGUGUUCUUUUGUAGGUUAAUAAAUUAAAGCAGUGCGAAGUUAUUAUAAAAAAUGAAAUAUGACACAUCAUGAAAAAUAAUAGGAGGGCAAAACUAGAGGGUGUUUGAGAGUUUGGAGUUGGAUUUGGUGUGGGGCAUGACACUAAAAGGGCAUUUCAGACAUAAAAGCUAAUGCUUAAAGGUUGCUUAACUUGUGUUACACUCAUGUUUCAAAUGAAUUGUUUAGGUAUAUUCACUAUUAGAGUAUGUGCUGUGCAGUCUGGUUUUGCAAAGUAUAGUUUGGUUAGUGUAGUGUUACACAUCUAAGACUGGUAGCUAAACAUCACAUGAAGCAGAGGCAAACAUAUGCACAGUUUAGUUCUUCCCUUGCUGUAUACUCUUCAGCAAAAGCAAAUGUGUCAAAUACAUUGAAGACAUAAAUAUUUCAGUGACCGUGCUUCAUUCUCUUAUUACAUUGACUGAGCAAAAGUUGUUGAGCAUUCAAAUUUUAAUUGUUGACUGAGAAGCGGGUAUCAGUUACUGAUGUCCCUGUAUGAUUUUUUUUUUUAAACUAAAUGCAGAUAUUGCCAUUUAAUUGUUUUAUGCUUUGAGCAGUCCUCUUUGCUAUCAAACUGUUAAACUCUUUACAUUCUUUUUUUUGUAUUUUUGAAUGUUUUCUGUUUUGUUUGCACUUUUACACAUUGCCCCCCC